AUUGCACAGUGAGUUGGUGGCGUCUUAGAUCCUCACGUGCUCACCUUCUUCCUCUUCCGAUUCGAUUGGACGAAACUUCUGCAACAACAGCGACCGCGCCUACUCAGUCUAUUUAACCAGUAAAUCCUCCGUCACAUAAAACUCCACUCCCAUAAUUCCCACCUACCUUUUCAGCUGAAAAUCUGACAGAGGAAGAGGAAGCCAUGGCCACCCAACAACCCAUCUCAAAGAAGACGGCUUGCGUCGUCGGCGGAACCGGGUUCAUGGCGUCUCUGCUGGUCAAGCUACUGCUCCAGAAGGGCUACGCCGUCAGAACCACCGUCAGAGACCCUGACAACCACAAGAAGGUCUCCCACCUCACAGCACUACAAGAGUUGGGUGAGCUAGAGAUUUUGGCAGGAGAUCUAACUGAUGAAGGGAGCUUCGAUGCCCCAAUAGCAGGCUGUGAUCUUGUUUUCCAUGUUGCAACCCCUGUCAACUUUGCCUCACAGGACCCGGAGAAUGAUAUGAUCAAACCAGCAAUCCAAGGGGUACUAAAUGUUCUGAAGUCGUGCGUGAAAGCCAAAACAGUUAAGCGCGUUGUUUUGACAUCAUCAGCUGCUACAGUUUCGAUCAAUACACUUGAAGGAACAGGUUUGGUCGUGGAUGAAAAGGAUUGGAGUGAUUUGGAGUUCUUGACUAAUGUAAAGCCACCCACUUGGGGGUACCCUGCCUCCAAGACACUAGCUGAGAAGACAGCUUGGAAAUUUGCCGAAGAAAACAACAUUGAUCUAAUCACUGUGAUCCCUUCUCUUAUGGCCGGUCCUUCUCUCACUCCAGACGUUCCCAGCAGUAUCGGCCUUGCCAUGGCUUUAAUCACAGGAGAUGAUUUCCUCAUAAAUAUGGCCCUGAAAGGUAUGCAAAUGUUAUCAGGUUCGAUAUCCAUUGCACAUGUGGAGGACGUCUGCCGGGCUCAUAUAUUUUUGGCUGAGAAAGAAUCUGCAUCUGGUCGGUACAUUUGCUGUGCUGCCAACACCGGCGUUCCUGAGCUUGCUAAGUUCCUCAACAAAAGAUACCCCCAGUACAAAGUCCCCACUGAGUUUGGAGAUUUUCCGUCUGAGGCCAAACUGAUCAUCUCUUCAGAGAAGCUUAUCAAGGAGGGGUUCGAUUUUAAGUAUGGCAUCGAAGAAAUAUAUGACCAAACUGUGGAGUACUUCAAGGCAAAGGGGCUGCUGCAGAACUAGAAAAACCAAGUCUCACUAGCUUGUGAUCCUCCUGUUAUGUGGAUCACAAAAAGUGUGUAAUCGAUCAGCAUGUAUCGAGCUAGCUAUCUCUCUAUUGUCUGGCUUACCGUAAAUUUUCUUGUUAAAAAGCAUCGUAAUUUGCUGAGUUUGGCAAAUGGUAAUAAAAUCGAGCAGCGACGAAAAAGCAACAGCGGCGUGUUGCUUUCUGAUGAGAAUUA